GGCGUUCAAGAGGCAGAAGAAGCGGAGCCUGUCCCCGGCUCUUCCUCUUCCCUCCGCGGCCUCAGAGAUUUCUGAAAAUGGUCCGCUACUCUCUCGACCCCGAGAACCCGACCAAGUCAUGCAAGUCGCGGGGCUCCAACCUGCGGGUUCACUUCAAGAACACCCGUGAGACAGCCCAGGCCAUCAAGGGCAUGCACAUCCGCAAGGCCAACAAGUACCUGAGGGACGUCGUCGUCAAGCACCAGUGUGUCCCCUUCCGUCGCUACAACGGUGGAGUCGGCAGGUGUGCCCAGGCCAAACAGUUCGGCUGGACUCAGGGACGCUGGCCCAAGAAGAGCGCAGAGUUCCUGCUGCACAUGCUGAAGAACGCAGAGAGCAACGCUGAGCUCAAGGGUCUGGAUGUGGACUCUCUGGUCAUUGAGCACAUCCAGGUGAACAAGGCCCCCAAGAUGAGGAGGCGCACGUACCGCGCCCACGGUCGCAUCAACCCCUACAUGAGCUCCCCCUGCCACAUCGAGAUGAUCCUGACCGAGAAGGAGCAGAUCGUCCCCAAACCAGAGGAGGAGGUGGCUCAGAAGAAGAAGGUUUCACAGAAGAAGCUCAAGAAGCAGAAGCUGAUGGCCCGGGAGUAAAUCAAUAAAGCUCAACAUGUUUAUUACCACCAGA